GUUCUAGAGUGUUCGUCUCUAGUCCCUACAAAGACCUGAACACACACUCUUUCUUCGAACAACUCAGCCACACAAACAACUCCAUUAAAAGCCUCCUCCCACCACUUUCCUUCCUCCUCUCCCAAUUAGGGUUUUCUUAAAGAACAGAGAAAAGAUGUUCAGAAGAGGACCUUCGAGUAAGAGCGACAACACCAAGUUCUACGAGAUCCUCGGCGUCCCCAAGACCGCAUCACCCGAAGAUCUCAAAAAGGCUUACAAGAAAGCCGCCAUAAAAAACCAUCCCGACAAAGGUGGAGAUCCCGAAAAGUUCAAAGAGAUAGCUCAGGCUUAUGAAGUCUUAAGUGAUCCGGAGAAGCGUGAGAUCUACGAUCAGUAUGGAGAGGAUGCACUCAAGGAGGGAAUGGGCGGUGGAGGCGGUGGGCAUGAUCCGUUUGAUAUCUUCUCGUCCUUCUUUGGUGGUGGUGGUAGCCCAUUUGGAGGUGGCAGCAGCCGUGGAAGGAGGCAGAGGCGUGGUGAAGAUGUGGUUCACCCUCUGAAGGUUUCACUAGAAGACCUUUAUCUCGGAACAACGAAGAAGCUCUCACUUUCUAGGAAUACUUUGUGCUCCAAGUGUAACGGAAAGGGUUCAAAGUCUGGAGCUUCAUCAACAUGUAGUGGAUGUCAAGGAUCUGGAAUGAAGGUUUCGAUCAGACAGCUUGGACCUGGAAUGAUUCAGCAGAUGCAGCAUCCUUGUCAUGAUUGCAAAGGUACAGGAGAGACCAUCAAUGACCGUGACAGGUGUCCACAGUGCAAAGGGGAUAAGGUUGUAUCUGAGAAGAAGGUGCUUGAAGUAGCUGUGGAAAAGGGAAUGCAGCAUAGCCAGAAGAUCACAUUCAGUGGACAAGCAGAUGAAGCGCCUGAUACAGUCACUGGUGAUAUCGUGUUCGUCAUUCAGCAGAAGGAGCACCCAAAGUUCAAGAGAAAGGGAGAUGAUCUCUUUGUGGAGCAUACCCUCUCUCUUACAGAAGCCCUCUGUGGGUUCCAGUUUGUCUUGACCCAUUUGGACAAAAGGCAGCUUCUCAUCAAAUCCAGUCCCGGGGAGGUUGUGAAGCCAGAUUCAUACAGGGCGAUAACCGAUGAGGGAAUGCCUGUGCACCAGAGACCGUUCAUGAAGGGCAAGCUUUACAUCCACUUCACGGUCGACUUCCCUGACUCGCUGAGCCCUGACCAGACAAAGGCCAUUGAAGCGGUUUUGCCGAAGCCAAAGGCGGAUCUGAGCGACAUGGAAACAGACGAGUGCGAGGAGACGACCCUGCACGAAGUGAACAUUGAGGAUGAGAUGAGAAGGAAGGCUCAAGCUCAAAGAGAGGCUUAUGAUGAUGACGAUGAUGAUGAAGAAGGCCCAGGCGGUCCUCAGCGUGUGCAAUGUGCCCAGCAGUGAUAUCAAUCAUGCGCACUUGUAGUGAUAUUCAUCAUUUGCGUUUUUUUUUUAAAUAUUAUGUAUUAUUUUUGGGUCUUUGCUAUAAAGACUUUUUGCCCGAUUAUGUUGGAAGAAACUUGUCCUAAUUCAAUUUCUUGUCGCAAUGUUGGUUUUGAGAAAUAAACUUUUCUAGUUCUCUCCA